GCCGCUGCACCGGGCGCCAUGUUCGCCGUGAAGCCGAAAGCCGUGAUCGGCUUCAACCUGUACUGCGGCGGCUCGGCGCUGCCGGGGCACGGCCCGGGCCCGGCGCCCGCCGCCGCCGCCGCGGAGCCGCCCCGCGACCGCGCCGGGGCCGCCGCCGCCCGCGCCGACCCCCCCCGCGCGCUGAUUGGCCGCGGCGCCGCGCCGCGCGCGCUGAUUGGCUGCGGCGCGGCUCUAUGGCGCCCCGAAGAGGAGCUGGACGGCUGCGAGCCCGAGCCCGAGCGCGGCCCCGCCGCGGAUUCGCUGCCCGGGACCCCUCCCGGGCCUCCGGACGGGCUCCGGCAGGACUCGCUGGAGCUCAUCAGCCGCUACCUGCGGGAGGUGGCGGGGGAGGCGCAGCCCAGCGCUAAGAAGCUUUUUCCGGGGCUCCUGGGCGGGCCCGGCCGGCCCGGCGCGGCGGGGGACGCGGUGAUGGAGAAGGCGCUGGAGACGCUGCGGAGGGUCGGGGACGGCGUCAUGAGGAAACACGAGCUCGCCUUUCAAGGAAUGCUGCGCAAGCUGCAGAUCCAGCAGGAAGAAGACCUGCAGGCCGUGGUGGAGGUGGCUGCCCACGUGUUCAGCGACGGGGUGACCAACUGGGGCCGGGUGGUGACACUGGUGGCCUUCGGGGCCUUCGUGGCCAAGCACCUGAAGAGCAUCAAGCAGGAGCAGAGCAUCGGGCCCCUGGCUGGGAUCAUCACGGACGCCCUGGUCUCGACCAAGAGGGAGUGGCUGGAGAGCCAGGGGGGCUGGGAGGGCUUUGUGGACUUUUUCCGCGUGGAGGACCUGGAGGGCAGCAUCCGGAACGUUCUGAUGGCCUUCGCGGGGGUGGCCGGCCUGGGGGCCAGCCUGGCCUACAUGAUCCGGUGAGCCUGGGCUGCCAGGGACACUUCUUGGGAGGACUGGCUCCCUGGGGCUGCCCAGGGCCAGAUUUUGGAAGGACUGGCUCCCUGGGGCUGCCCACCGCCAGAUUUUUGGAGGACUGGGUCCCUGGGGCUGCCCAGGGCCACAUUUUGGCUGCAGACCCCAAAGAGCUGGACUCGAAUCACCCAGGAGGACACGGAGCCAUCCCUGGAGCAGCUCCUGAGGAAGAGGAGGGUGUGAUCCCAGCUGGUGGCUGCUGAUGGAUGCAGGAUUCCUGGCUUUUGGAAGAGUUUUCCCUCUCUUCCCCUCGCCUGGAGGAGCUCAAGUGGAUUUUGCUUCACGUGGAUCCCCGAGGAACCAACUCCAGCAGCUCCCCCAGGGCUGGGCGAGGCAGCUGAGCGCGGAGCAGAUGUUGUCAGGGUUGUGGUUGUGGGUUUUUGGGUGUUGGUUUUUUUUUUUUAUUUUUUCCUGGAAAUAGCACCUUCUGCUGCUGCUGCUCUGCCUGAACUCGCAGCUCUGUUGCUCUGGGGCAGAAGCACUGCACGCUGGGGAUGCUGUGCCAGCCUGCACCUGCAGCCAGAGCCCUGCCAGCCCCUUUCCUCCCCAUGGCAUGGGGGUCUGGGGGGGCUGGGGGUCACCCCCAGCUCUGUCCCUGCCCCAAACAGCCUUGGCUGCACACAGACAGUUCAGAAAUAACAAAUGCGUUUUGUAAUUAUGUAAAAAGAACAACCCCAGUGGGCUGGGGAGGGUGUAGAGAACCUGUAAAUGUCUGUAAAUCUGUAGAAUAUAUACAUUUUUACAGAGCUGACGAUACAAAAAGGAGGAAUUUGCUCUGGAUGUGGUUUCAUUCCUGAUGGGAAGCAGCAUUUUUGUGGCUCCGUUCCUUCCCCUGGAGCAGCACAGCCAGGGAGGGUGACCAGCAGCAGUGACCACGGCUGGCUGGCAACAGCUGAUGUUUCUGUUUGGUUUUAAAUCUCUUUUUUUGUCCCUCGUGGUGGGGGUGGGGGAGCUGGGGAAGUUCAUUCUGGCCACUUCCUUCUCUCCCCUUCCUCCUCCUCCUCCUCCUCCUCCGAGCCGUGAGCCGGACGGAGCUGACGGCUGAAUGUAAAACUUCUACAUUCAAAAACGUCAAAUUUCUGCUUCUGGGGCUGCUCCUGCAGCUCCCUCGGGGUGGCUUUGAUGCCCAGGGGGCUCCUUGCCCACGCCUGGCCCUGGGGGCUGCACUGCUGGGCUCUGUCCUUGUCCCCAGGAUGUCCCCUGGAGCCUGGGCCAGCCCCAGCCAGCCGUGGUGCUACAGCCAGGCCCUGCUUGUGUGCAAAACAAGCUGUAGUUUGGUCAAUAAAUGUUAUUUUUUUUUCUCA